GCUUAAUUUCAUUUUACAAAUUUUACUCUCUCUAAAACCGGCCUCCAUUUCUCUCGCAUUUUCUACCCACCAUGACGUCCAAGGAUUGCGGCAACCACGGCAAAGGCCGCCAGAAGCUCCUCGGAAGAAUCAUCGGUUGCCUUCUAGUUUUUCUCGUCAUCGUUCUCAUCACAAUCCUCAUCAUUUGGGCAGUCCUGCGCCCCACCAAACCCCGCUUCAUCCUCCAAGACACCACCGUCUACGGUUUCAAUACCUCCACCCCGAAUUUCCUCACCUCCAAUUUCCAAGUCACCGUUUCUUCCCGAAACCCAAAUGACCGAAUCGGGAUCUACUACGACAGGCUCGUCACCUACGCCACUUACAGGAACCAACAGAUCACUCUUCGGACAGCACUCCCUCCGACGUACCAGGGUCAUAAGGAGAUCAACGUUUGGUCUCCUUUCAUAUACGGGAACAUGGUCCCUAUAGCUCCGGAUUUUUCAGCCGCUCUGAAAACCGAACAAGCCGUCGGGUCGGUUUUCAUGGUGAUCAAGAUUGAUGGACGGGUGAGAUGGAAAGUUGGGUCCUUUAUUUCCGGAAGGUAUCAUCUUCACGUUAGGUGUCCCGCUUAUAUCACUUUCGGUAGCAGAAGUAAUGGAGUCUCCGUCGGAGAAAACGCCAUCAAGUAUCAGCUCGUGACCCGAUGCAGCGUUAGUGUCUGAAGACUAAUCAAGAAGACGAAGAAAGAAGAGGAAGCAACUAACGCCGUCAAAUAUAUCGUUUGUUUAUCUCUUUAUCUUAAAUCUCUCUCCCCUUUUCUUUACUUAACGCCGUUGGUAUAUC